AUGGGCUCUGUCGCUACGGAAACCAUCCUUCGUCAGCCUGAUAUUGCCUACAAGCCAGACUAUGACAAAUUUCAAGCACGAAGAAGACUUCGUCUCACUACCGAGCCUCUUAAGCAUGUCGACCUCCCAUCAGGCUUCCCUGAAGAAUUGAAGUCUGACUUCGUCUGGGAAGGCGAAGGUCUGGCCCAGAAGUAUGACUGGACAUAUGUGCUCACGGAUGAACAAGUCCAGGAAUUGGAAAGUGCACUCGAACAUUUCAAAUCUUUGAACACGUCUUUGGGCUACAUCAGCCAGGAAACCUUCCCAUUACCGAACCUGCAUGCCGCUCUUCGCAAAGUCUCUCAUGAACUUCAUUUUGGGCAUGGCUUCAAGGUGAUAAGGGGACUACCCGUAGAAAGACACUCCCGAGAGGACAACAUCAUCAUGUAUGCGGGCCUGUCAUCUCAUAUCGCACCACAACGCGGUCGCCAGGACAGCAAGUACAAUGGCGAAACAGCAGAUGUUGUCCUUAACCACAUCAAGGACUUGUCUUCGGGACCUGACAGCGCCCACAUUGGAGCACCUGCGUACACCGCUGACAAGCAGGUCUUUCACACAGACUCAGGAGACAUCGUGUCUCUGUUUGCCCUUAGUACCGCUGCAGAAGGUGGCAAAAGCAGAUUGGCAAGCACUUGGAGAGUCUACAACGAGCUCGCCGCGACUCGGCCGGACCUGAUCAGGACUUUGUCUGAAGAAUGGCCUUUUGAGAAUUUUGGGAACGCUGCUCAACCUUACACCGAGAGACCUUUGCUGUACCACCAGCCAGCAAUCUUUGAGUCGCCUGAGCGUGUCUUGCUCCAGUAUGCGCGGAGGAGUUUUACUGGCUUCGGUGCUCUUCCCCGUUCCACAACGAUUCCGCCUAUUACCGAGGCACAGGCGGAAGCCCUUGAUGCGAUUCACUUCCUUGGCGAGAAGUACAACGUUGGACUCGAUUUCCGACAAGGCGAUAUCCAGUACGUCAACAAUCUUGCAGUCUUUCAUGCACGUGAUGGUUUCACAGAUACGGUCGAACAGCAACGCCAUCUCGUUAGGCUCUGGCUUCGUGACCCGGAGUAUGCUUGGAAGACACCCGAGCCCCUCAAAGCCAGGUGGAGUCAGCUUUUCGACGGCAUCACUCCGGACAGUCAGGUUUUCCCCUUGGAGCCGUAUGUAAGGAGCUCCAGCAACGGCUCAGGAGAAGUUAAGGCUGGCGAACAGAAAAUGCUCCGUUGAUAGUCGCAAAUGAUUCGUCGAAUGCAAUGAUUUGUGCCUACCGCUUGAGGUUAGCAGCAUGUCACUGAGGCUUAUGAGUCACAACUUCUUGACUAUAUAAAAGUGAUGAGAUCGCUCCCGCAAUCAAUACACUGUGAUCUCACAA